AACCUGAAUUCAGUGAGGGUUCUAUAUACUAGCCCUGUUUCUAUAGCAGUACAAGAAUAGGUCGAGCUAUAGUCAUAAUGAACCUCUCCAGUGAGCUAAACCAAUCUUGUGAAGAGCAUAGGCUGUUUGGACAACAAGAAUUGAGUGACAAUGCUGAGCUAGGGUUACGUUACUUUGCCCUUGUAUACUACAUUGCACUGUUUCCAUUGUCUCUAAGUCUUACAGGACUGAUCAUCUUCCUCAUCAUCAGAUUUAAGCAUCUGCAUCAGACUACAUUUGUCCUAACUCUACAAGUGGCAAUCAUCGAUUGUUUAUACGUACUUAUCAUUUUCCCUACAGCUGUUAUUUCUACAAUUGAUGGACAUUGGUCAAUUGGAUUAGACAUGUGCAAUAUCACUGGUGGAGUAUUUUCAUUUACUUUCAACCUUCGUAACUGGCUCAUGUUUGUGUUUGUCUGCGAUCGUUUCUGCACCGUUUUCAUGCCUUUUCGAUACAAGAGACACAGAAGGAAAGUGAUAUUGAUACUGUAUUCGAUAGCGCUAGCAAUAUCUGCAAUCAACGGAGGGCUAAAGAUGAUAUUUGGUUGCUUUGGUGUCAGUAGAAUUGUUUGGAUAUGCGCCAGUCCCGUUGAUGAGACAUGCCCAAAUUACGCGUUUUGUCAGACACACACAACAUUAUUCAUAGCACUAGGACUGAUAAUGGGUAGCGUAGUCCCCAUGGUGAUGUACAUAAUACUGCUCAUUAAAGCAAAGAGAAUACGCAACCAAAUCAUGUCCUCGGGCACACGAGAAAACAUCGAGCAAAGAAAACGAGAUCGAAAGGCAAACAUCACUUUUUUCACACUCUUUCUCUCGCUUUUUGGAGUAUAUAUUCCACCAUUGUUUGGAUUCAUUUUUAUCAACCUAAUUUUUACACCGUUGGGAGUUCGACCACCCGAAGCUUUGCUAUUAAUCUUAUUCUUAUUGGAACAAUUAUACUCACUGUUACCGGUAAUAGACUCCAUAGCUAUUUUGAGGAACCCCGAAAUGAGAAAGGCCACAAAAAUGCUCCAGAACAAGCUCCACAAACGAUUCUGAAUGCAUGCAUGAGAAGUAAUUAGGUGCUCUCAGUCACCUUUUAAUAAGACCAAACGUAUUUAUUAACUUAUAGUGUAUUCAUAGUUUGGUCAUGCAGCACAAUGUCAUGUUACGUUCUCUAUAUAUAAUUUUUUAUUAGUAUAAUUAUAGUAUGCAUAUGGGAUUAAUAGAAAACAACAGUUGUGGUUAUAGUGCACUUUACUGUAAUUAUGACUUAUAGUUUGUGGUUAUUGCAUUAUGCUGCAUAUUGCACUUGGCAACAACGUAGCAACGUAUAAUCGAAUACCUCGAAAAUAACCAGGUAUAUAUAUUAUACGGUAUACCGUAUAGCAGGUAAUUUUCGGGGGACAAAAUAUUCGUGGUUCAGCAAUAUUGAGACAUUUCGUGGGUAAUUUUUGUGGUUGCAUAGAGCUUGCAUUGCAGGUAAAGGUAGGCAAGGUCGCUUCAUUUGUAG